CAUUAGUUCCCAGCACCGAAAGGAGACACACAAGCAGCCAGCCUCCAAGCAGCACGACUGAGAAACUGGGGGAAGACAAUCUCCCCCCCUUGCUGGCCGUGACGCUUGCUUCCGGGAAGCGGAGCGGAAGUUGCUCCCGGUUCUGCGUCAAAACCGACUUCAGGGGCCGUCGUAAAAGUGUCGCCCCUACCCUCUCGGACUGGUUACAGGUUUCCGCUUGUCUCCGGCCGGAGGUCGGGAACUGAGGGCUUCAGUUUCUCUCAAGAUGGCGGACGAGGAGGCUGGAGGUGUGGAGAGGAUGGAAGUCAGCACGGAGUUGCCCCAGACCCCUCAGCGACUGGCAUCUUGGUGGGAUCAGCAAGUUGAUUUUUAUCCUGUUUUCUUGCAUCAUUUGGCACAAUUCGUGCCAGAAAUCUAUUUUGCUGAAAUGGACCCAGACUUGGAAAAGCAGGAGGAGAGUGUACAAAUAUCAGUCUUCACUCCACUGGAAUGGUACUUAUUUGGAGAAGAUCCAGAUAUUUGUCUAGAGAAAUUGAAGCACAGUGGAGCAUUUCAACUCUGUGGGAAGGUUUUCAAAAGUGGAGAGACAACCUAUUCUUGUAGGGACUGUGCAAUUGAUCCAACAUGUGUACUCUGUAUGGACUGCUUCCAGAAUAGUGUUCAUAAAAAUCAUCGUUACAAGAUGCAUACAUCUACUGGAGGAGGGUUUUGUGACUGUGGAGAUGUAGAGGCAUGGAAAACUGGUCCUUUUUGUGUAAAUCAUGAACCUGGAAGAGCAGCCCCUACAGAAGAGAAUUCACAUUGUUCGUUGAAUGAAGAGGUAAUUGCCCAAGCUAAGAAAAUAUUUCCUUCCGUGAUAAAAUACAUUGUAGAAAUGACUAUAUGGGAAGAGGAAAAAGAACUACCUUCUGAACUCCAGAUAAGGGAGAAAAAUGAAAGAUACUACUGUGUCCUUUUCAAUGAUGAACACCAUUCAUAUGACCAUGUUAUAUACAGUCUACAAAGAGCUCUUGACUAUGAGCCUGCAGAGGCCCAGUUGCACACCACUGCCAUAGACAAAGAGGGUCGUCGGGCUGUUAAAACAGGUGCUUAUGCUGCUUGCCAGGAAGCAAAGGAAGAUAUAAAGAGUCAUUCAGAAAAUGUCUCUCAACAUCCACUUCAUGUAGAAGUAUUACACUCUGAAGUUAUGGCUCAUCAAAAAUUUGCUUUGCGCCUUGGCUCCUGGAUGAACAAAAUUAUGAGUUAUUCAAGUGACUUUAGACAAAUCUUUUGUCAAGCAUGCCUUAGAGAAGAACCUGGUUCUGAAAAUCCCUGUCUCAUAAGUAGGUUAAUGCUUUGGGAUGCAAAGCUUUAUAAAGGUGCCCGUAAGAUCCUUCAUGAAUUGAUCUUCAGCAGUUUUUUUAUGGAGAUGGAAUACAAAAAACUCUUUUCCAUGGAAUUUGUGAAGUAUUAUAAACAGCUGCAGAAAGAAUAUAUCAGUGAUGAUCAUGACAGAAGUAUCUCUGUAACUGCACUCUCAGUUCAGAUGUUUACUGUCCCUACCUUGGCUCGACAUCUUAUUGAAGAGCAGAAUGUUAUCUCUGUCAUUACUGAAACUCUGCUGGAAGUUUUACCUGAGUACUUGGACAGGAACAAUAAAUUCAACUUCCAGGGUCAUAGCCAGGACAAAUUGAGAAGAGUAUAUGCAGUAAUAUAUGACCUGAAGUAUAUUCUGAUUAGCAAGCCUACAGUGUGGACAGAAAGAUUAAGAAUGCAGUUCCUUGAAGGUUUUCGAUCUUUUUUGAAGAUUCUUACCUGUAUGCAGGGAAUGGAAGAAAUCAGAAGACAGGUUGGGCAACACAUUGAAGUGGAUCCCGACUGGGAAGCUGCCAUUGCUAUACAAACGCAAUUGAAGAGUAUUUUACUCAUGUUUCAAGAGUGGUGUGCUUGUGAUGAAGAACUCUUACUAGUGGCUUAUAAAGAAUGUCACAAAGCUGUGAUGCGGUGCAGUACAAGUUUCCUAUCCAGUAGCAAGACAGUAGUACAAUUAUGUGGUCAUACUGUUGAAACUAAGUCCUACAGAGUAUCUGAGGAUCUGAUAAGUAUACAUCUGCCACUCUCCAGGACUCUUGCUGGUCUUCAUGUGCGUUUAAGCAGGCUAGGCGCUGUUUCAAGACUGCAUGAAUUUGUACCUUUUAAGGAUUUUCAAGUAGAGGUUCUAGUGGAAUAUCCUUUGCGCUGUCUGGUAUUGGUUGCCCAGGUUGUUGCUGAGAUGUGGCGAAGAAAUGGGCUGUCUCUUAUUAGCCAGGUAUUUUAUUACCAGGAUGUUCAAUGUAGAGAAGAAAUGUAUGAUAAAGAUAUCAUCAUGCUUCAGAUUGGUGCGUCUUUAAUGGAUCCCAACACAUUCUUGUUAUUGGUACUUCAGAGGUAUGAGCUUGCUGAUGCUUUCAACAAGACCAUAUCCACGAAAGACCAGGAUUUGAUUAAACAAUAUAACACAUUAAUAGAAGAAAUGCUUCAGGUCCUCAUCUAUACUGUGGGAGAGCGUUAUGUGCCUGGAGUGGGAAAUGUGACCAAAGAAGAGGUCACAAUGAGAGAAAUUAUUCACUUGCUUUGCAUUGAACCAAUGCCACAUAGUGCCAUUGCCAAAAAUUUGCCUGAAAAUGAAAAUAAUGAAACUGGCUUAGAGAAUGUCAUAAACAAGGUGGCCACAUUUAAGAAACCAGGUGUAUCAGGUCACGGAGUUUAUGAACUGAAGGAUGAAUCAUUGAAAGACUUCAAUAUGUACUUUUAUCAUUACUCCAAAACACAGCAUAGCAAGGCUGAACAUAUGCAGAAGAAAAGGAGAAAACAAGAAAACAAAGAUGAAGCAUUGCCACCACCACCACCUCCUGAAUUCUGUUCUGCUUUCAGCAAAGUGGUUAACCUCCUCAACUGUGACAUCAUGAUGUACAUUCUCAGGACCAUAUUUGAGCGGGCAAUAGACACAAAUUCUAACUUGUGGACUGAAGGAAUGCUCCAAAUGGCAUUUCAUAUUCUGGCAUUGGGUUUACUAGAAGAGAAGCAACAGCUUCAAAAAGCUCCUGAAGAAGAAGUGACAUUUGACUUUUACCAUAAGGCUUCAAGAUUGGGAAGUUCAGCGACGAAUGCUCAAAAUAUACAAAUGCUUUUGGAAAAGCUCAAAGGAAUUCCCCAGUUAGAAGGCCAGAAGGAUAUGAUAACAUGGAUACUCCAGAUGUUUGACACAGUGAAGCGAUUAAGAGAAAAAUCUUGUUUAAUUGUAGCAGCUACGUCAGGAUCAGAAUCUCUUAAGUGUGAUGAGAUUAUUCAUGAUAAGGAAAAAGCAGAACGAAAAAGAAAAGCAGAAGCUGCCAGGCUGCAUCGCCAAAAGAUCAUGGCUCAGAUGUCUGCCUUACAGAAGAACUUCAUUGAAACUCACAAACUCAUGUAUGACAAUACAUCAGAAAUGCCUGGGAAAGAAGACUCCAUUAUGGAGGAAGAGAGCACCCCAACAGUCAGUGACUACUCUAGAAUUGCUUUGGGUCCUAAACGGGGUCCAUCUGUUACUGAAAAGGAGGUGCUGACAUGCAUCCUCUGCCAAGAAGAACAAGAGGUGAAAAUUGAAAAUAAUGCCAUGGUAUUAUCGGCCUGUGUCCAGAAAUCCACCGCCUUAACCCAACACAGGGGAAAGCCCAUAGGGGAAACCCUGGACCCACUCUUUAUGGAUCCAGAUUUGGCAUAUGGAACUUAUACAGGAAGUUGUGGUCAUGUAAUGCAUGCAGUUUGCUGGCAGAAGUAUUUUGAAGCUGUACAACUGAGCUCUCAGCAGCGCAUUCACGUUGACCUUUUUGACUUAGAGAAUGGAGAAUAUCUUUGCCCUCUGUGCAAAUCUCUGUGCAAUACUGUGAUCCCCAUUAUUCCUUUGCAGCCUCAAAAGAUAGACAGUGACAAUGCAGAAGCACUUGCUCAACUUUUGACCAUGGCACAAUGGAUACAGACUGUUCUGGCCAGAAUAUCAGGUUACAAUAUGAAACAUGCUAAAGGAGAAAAACCAACAAUUCCUGUCUUAUUUAAUCAAGGAAUGGGUGAUUCCACUUUUGAGUUCCACUCCAUCCUGAGUUUUGGAGUUCAGUCUUCGAUCAAAUAUUCUAAUAGCAUCAAGGAAAUGGUCAUUCACUUUGCCACAACAAUUUAUAGAAUUGGACUGAAAGUGCCUCCUGAUGAAACUGAUCCUCGAAUCCCCAUGAUGACCUGGAGCACAUGUGCUUUCACUAUGCAGGCAAUUGAAAACCUAAUGGGAGAUGAAGGAAAACCUCUGUUUGGAGCACUUCAAAAUAGACAGCAUAAUGGUCUGAAAGCAUUAAUGCAGUUUGCCAUUGCACAGAGGAUUACCUGUCCUCAAGUUCUGAUACAGAAACAUCUGAUUCGUCUCCUAUCAGUUGUUCUUCCUAACCUAAAAUCAGAAGAUACACCAUGCCUUCUGUCUGUAGAUCUGUUUCAUGUUUUGGUAGGUGCUGUGUUAGCAUUCCCAUCCUUAUAUUGGGAUGAUACUGUUGAUCUGCAGCCUUCAUCAGUUAGUUCUUCCUAUAAUCAACUUUAUCUCUUCCAUUUGAUCACCAUGGCACACAUGCUUCAGAUACUUCUUACCAUAGACACAGGCCUCCCCCUUGCUCAGGUUCAAGAAGACAGUGAAGAGGCUCAUUCUGCGUCUUCUUUCUUUGCAGAAGUUUCCCAAUAUAUGAGUGGCUGUGUUGGGUGUGGUAUUCCUGGCUGGUAUUUGUGGGUCUCAUUGAAGAACGGCAUCAUCCCUUACCUUCGCUGUGCUGCGUUGUUUUUUCACUAUUUGCUUGGGGUAACUCCACCUGAAGAGCUGCUUACUAAUUCUGCAGAAGGAGAGUACAAUGCACUCUGUAGCUAUCUAUCUUUACCUACAAAUUUGUUCCUCCUUUUCCAGGAAUAUUGGGAUACUGUAAGGCCUUUGCUUCAGAGGUGGUGUGCUGAUCCUGCCUUACUAAACUAUUUGAAGCAAGAAAGCACUGUGGUCCGGUACCCUAGAAAAAGAAAUAGUUUGAUUGAGCUUCCUGAUGAUUAUAGCUGCCUCCUAAAUCAAGCUUCUCACUUCAGGUGCCCACGUUCAGCAGAUGAUGAACGAAAGCACCCUGUCCUCUGUCUUUUCUGUGGGGCCAUACUGUGCUCUCAGAACAUCUGCUGCCAAGAAACCGUGAAUGGGGAAGAUGUUGGAGCUUGCAUUUUUCAUGCACUUCACUGUGGAGCUGGAGUCUGCAUUUUCCUGAAAAUCAGAGAAUGCAGAGUGGUCUUGGUUGAAGGUAAAGCCAGAGGCUGUGCCUAUCCAGCCCCCUACUUGGAUGAAUAUGGAGAAACAGACCCUGGCCUGAAGAGAGGCAAUCCCCUUCACUUAUCACGUGAGCGGUAUCGGAAGCUCCAUUUGGUCUGGCAACAACACUGCAUUAUAGAAGAGAUUGCUAGAAGCCAGGAAACAAAUCAAAUGUUAUUUGGAUUCAACUGGCAGUUACUUUGAGCCCCAACUCUGACUCAGGACAAUCACAGAUGAAGACAGGAAAGAAUCCUGAUUCAAAAUUAUGAGCACCUUUCUGAGGGCUGGGGAAGGGUUGAAGGGUCUUUUACUCCACAUCCAGAUUCACAUACAUCAAUAAAAUAUUUCUUAAUGGAAUAUUGCUUUGGGAAAGAAGAAAAAAAAAAAAAAAAAGAACAUAGAUUAAUCUGUUUUCUGUUCCAAAACACUAAAGAAA